UCACUUAAGGGCUUACUGACAGUGCUUGGUAAAUCUGGAGGACAUCAUCGGGAAGGGUUGACCUCCUUCCAAGGCAAGCCCCCCAAGAUGUGGACAGCUGCUGUAUUUUUCUUGCUGAUUUCCUUAUGCAUAUCUGAAAACAGGGAUUCCAUCUUAAAACAGAGUGGGGCCCAAGUAGCAUGGAUAAACGUACUCAGUAACGAAAAACACUGCAAGCAAGCUUGUAGAGGCACAACGGUUUCAGGUAAUCGCUACUGCUGGUCAGUGCUUUACCAAAGCCGCUGUGUACUCCUGCGGUGUCCUCAACCGAGUGCGUGUCGGAAUGCCAGCAUACAGGAUGUCAAAGAACUAAUGGGAGAGUUCGUGAUCCGUAAAAGAAGAGAGACUGGAAUAACCCGACAGCCCAAUAACACCGAAGAGUCUAAAGGGAAACCAGAGAUGGAGACUAAUAAGAACCUUCUUAAUACAAAUUAUACAAAAGUGCCUCUUUCGUCAACUCAAGCAAGUAAUUUUUCUGAUGAUAGUGGGUUCAACUCAACUGUAAUGGUUCUGAACAACACACCCACUGCCGCCUCUCAACUCACAACAGGCACAACAGCCCUAAGUGGAAUUCAUAACAGUAUUACCACAAGUGGUAGUAAAUCAGCUGUUGGCGUCCCAGCCAUCUCUUCAGUUUCCAGCCUCCCUCCUCAUAGAGCAUCAUCUACCACAUAUUUCCUUAAUGUUGAGAGUACGACAGGCUCAAAAGGAACAGGUAAUAAGGAGCCAACUUUGGCUCCAACUAAGACAACGACACCCAUAGAACUUCUUUCCAGGAGUACUGAACCCACAGCAGUGAAACAUUCAAUGCCUUCCCUGUCCCCAGCUACUUCUCCCAAAACUUCUGUGUUAAUUAACUCUGUAAGAAGUCAGUCAGCACCAGCAAGCUUUACUGCAGAAGCAAGUACCCACAGUUCGCAGACCACAAGAACCCAUUCUGUAGUGACCAAUGCAUCUCGAGCAACCCAUAGUCCACCAACAUCGAGGCCUUGUUCAGCAGUUACAAGCACAUCUUUAACAACUGCCGCAGGAACACACAGUCCACCGCCACGGAGACCCCAUUCAACAGUGAUCAGCACGGCCCUGACAACUCCAGGAGCAGUCGAACCAACAACAAAGUCAGGUGAUAAAACGACUUUGAUGGACAAGACAAAAUCUAAUCCAGCUAGGAUAAUUCCCACCGUCUCUACAAAGGGUGCUGAGACCUCCAUCGCUACACAGCAAACAGAGACUACCAGCCAACUUGUGACGGCGCCAACUCCUAUCACCCCUUCCUCAGUGCUGACUGUGGCAAGUUCAGCGACGUUGUCCAAAUCAGUGACUGCACAACACAGCCACGAUCAGCAAGGCCUAAGUAGCGAGAGUAUCUAUUGGCAG